AUGGAGGGGGAGGACCAACAGGAACAGAGACAGACCAGGCUGUUUCCAGACGGAGACCGUACAGAACACAUCAUCAGCCACGCCCUCACUAACGACUUCCUCUUCUACGGGACUGAUAGUGGUGUGAUAGUGUGUAUCCUGGUGGAAGACUGGCAGGUGUUAAACCAGUACCGCCACCCAGUCGGCAUCAAGAAGGUGUUCCCCGACCCCAACGGAACAAGGCUGGCCUUCAUCGACGACAAGAGUGAAGGUUUCCUACUUUCCCCUGUGGCUGUGAAUGAGUCCCAUGUAGAGAUUCCUAGUUUCUCUCCCACCAUCACUGGGGUCCUGUGGGAGACCUGGCCCUCGGACAAAGGAGUGUUCGUAGCCUUCGACGACGACAAAGUCUACACCUACGCCAUGCAUAAACACACCAUCUACGGUCCCAGGGUAGUGUUUGUAGGCAGCACCAAGCUUCCCUUCUCCCAUAAACCCUUGCUGCUGUAUAACGGUGAGCUGACGUGUCAGACCCAGAGUGGGAAGACCAGCAGCGUGGCUCUGAGCACACACACCUUCCUCACACACACACACUCCCCCAGUGCGCACACGCACACACCUGAGGAACUCAGCCAGGAGCUCACACAGGCGCUCAUGCUCAAGAGGUUCCCUGAGGCGUGGGAGCUGUGUAAGGUGCUGGGCGGCCCGGCGGGCUGGGCUGAGAUGGGCCGGUCCUGUCUGAUCCACAUGGAGGUGGACCUGGCAGUUCGGGUGUUCCGGAUGAGUGGCAACGUUGGCAUGGUGAUGUCACUGCAGGGCAUCAAGGGUAUUGAAGACAGGAGUUUGUUAGCAGGUCACCUGGCUAUGUUCCUGAAUGACUAUAACCUGGCUCAAGACCUCUACCUAGAGUCUACCUGUCCCAACGCAGCCCUGGAGAUGAGGAGGGACCUACAGCAUUGGGACAGUGCUCUGAUGCUGGCUAAGAGACUGGCUGAGGACCAGAUACCUUUCAUAUCAAAGGAGUACGCUGUUCAACUGGAGUUCAUUGGAGACUAUGUGAAUGCUCUGUCUCUCUAUGAGAAAGGCAUAACCCACAACAACAAGGAGCAUGAUGAGGCAUGUCAGGGGGGUGUGGCCAGGAUGUCAAUCAGGAUGGGUGACAUCAGAAGAGGCGCUGCCCAGGCCAUCUCUCACCCCAGCAGAGGCCUGAAGAAAGACUGUGGAGUUAUACUGGAGAACAUGAAGCAGUUCUCUGAAGCAGCUCAGUUGUAUGAGAAGGGACAGUACUAUGACAAGGCUGCCUCAGUCUACAUACGCUGCAAGAACUGGUCUAAAGUAGGAGAGUUACUUCCUCAGGUCUCCUCUCCGAAGAUCCACCUGCAGUACGCCAAGGCCAAGGAGGUGGACGGCAAGUUUAAGGAGGCGGCUCAGGCCUAUGAGAGUGCCAGGGACUGGGACAACGUGAUCCGGGUGUUGCUGGAACACCUCAACAACCCCGAAGACGCUGUCCGCAUUGUCAGGGAGACGCAGAGCAUCGACGGGGCCAAGAUGGUUGCCAGGUUCUUCCUGCGUCUAAGUGACUAUGGUUCAGCUAUCCAGUUCCUGGUGUUGUCCCACUGUAACGAUGAGGCCUUUCAGCUGGCACAGCAACAUGGACAGAUGGACGUCUACGCAGACAUCAUUAGCUCGGAGGCCUCUCAGGAGGACUACCAGAGUAUAGCUCUCUACUUCCAGGGGGAGAACAAACACCUGCAGGCUGGGAAGUUCUUCCACAAGUGUGGCCAGUACAGCAAAGCUCUGAAGCACUUCCUGAAAUGUCCCAAUACUGAUGACAACCUGGCCAUUGAGAUGGCUAUAGGACUAGAGAUU